AUGAACACUGGACGCUGCACAUCGGUUUGUAAUAAUGAACUGCUGGAAUAUGGAUCAGAACGAGGAUUUAUGUACUUAUUCGAUGGCACUAUUGGAUCUCACAUAUCUUUACCUGAUGGAAUCGUCCAGUUAGUGUUCCGUUACCUUUCAGUUCAUGAACUGAAGUAUGUAAGCUUGACAUGUCACGCUCUUAAUAAUGCAAUUUGCAAAUACAUAUUAACUGAUGCGUCAAGAUUUGAAUGCGAAGUCGUGGAGCAUGAAGGCUUGUCUCGCAAGACACGAAGCAAUAGCUAUGCUUGGGGAAACUUGCUGAAGAUGUGUACAAUAUUUUGGCCUGCUCGAGAAAGAAGAAAUUUUAUGCGUCAUUUUUAUUUGAUGAAUAAGUCAGUCGACAGUCACACAAUUUGGGGACAGUGUUUUUCCGGAUUCUACGAAAAUUGGGAUCGUAAGGCAUGCAGCGAAUUUUUAGAUUCCGUUAUACGUUUCACCGAUUUAACACGAUUGCUUACUGUCGUAAUGUCUGAUAAAGUUGGCAAGCACUAUCAACUUGAAAUGGAAAUUCGACAACGAUUUCAUGGUUUCUUCAUUGAUCAGCUAGCAGAGUCCGAAUCAGAGCAAGGAUUUUGGCUUUCUGUGCUUCUACGCACUCAGAAAAGUGUUGCAGAACAAGGGCGACUAUUCAUGCUCUUGUUCGGCCCUGUAAAAUAUAUUCAUGGCGAGGGACGAAUUGAUUGGUAUAUGCUCUCAGAGACAAUUUUCACCAGAAAUCAGUGCAUCCAAAUUAUCAAGCCAUUGUCAUCAAAUCUUUGUUGUCUUGUGAAAACAAUGGAACUGAAGUCGGAAUUUUCCUGGAGUGAUUCUGAAAUUUUCACUUUAAUGGAAGAAAUAACAAGUGCACCACAAGUCUGGAUAUUUCACAAUUUUGCAAGCUUACUCUUACUGAGACCAGAAUUAAUACGGAUUGCUCUUUAUUAUCGAAUAAUUUAUGGACACUGUAAAGAAGCUGCACAUAUGUUGCAUGUCAUGAAGACGGUGUAUUAUCGAUGGGGAUGUGGAAUUGUGGAAAGUUUGUUAACACCUCUGCUGGAAAUAUUUAAAUUGUUAAGUAUGGUGCAGCGCCGACAUUUCCUUGCUGAAAUAGUUUUAACACAGUCACACUUACUUGAUGAAUAUCUUCGACGCUUUCCAUUUGAUCGACUGCAUUUUCUGGACGAAUUGACAGCAAGCAGUGCUAUAUUACCGCUUCUAUCGAUACUAGCCGCUGACAUUUGA